UCACACAUACCCUCAUCCCAAAACUCACACAGCGCUACUCCUCCGGCCGCCGUUCUGCGGCCACUCCGUUUUCUCCGUCGCCAAUUCAAUCACUUCCGAAAGUAAGAAACCACAAUCAAUUUCUUUCCGGCUGUCAAUCGGAGUGAAAAUUCUUCGCUGAUUAUCGAAGUAGGAUAUUCAAUUUUUGAGGAGAUAGAAACAUGCCUCCAAAACCAUCAAAAGCGGAUUUAGCGAAGAAGCAGAAGAAUGUAGAGGACAAAACGUUCGGUUUGAAGAACAAGAACAAGUCGAAGAAUGUACAGAAAUACGUACAGUCGAUAAAGCUCUCCGCCCAGCCUAAACCCGACCCAAGCAAAAUCAACGCACAGAAGAAAAAAGAAGAGGAACUGGCGAGAGAGAGGGAGCUCAGUGAAUUGUUUAAAGUUGCGGUAAAACAGCCGAAAGUUCCUCCUGGCGUUGAUCCAAAGUCGAUACUUUGCGAGCAUUUUAAGUUGGGGCAAUGUGCAAAGGGGUUUAAGUGCAAGUUCUCCCAUGAUUUGAACGUGCAGAGGAAAGGAGAGAAGAUAGAUAUGUACAGCGAUAAACGCGAUGAAGAAACCGAACAGGGAACGAUGGAAGACUGGGAUCUAGAGACAUUAGAGAAGGUUGUCGAAUCCAAGAGCAAGGAGUACAACAAGAACAAGCCUACUGAAAUAGUGUGUAAGCAUUUUUUGGAUGCAGUUGAGAAAAAGCAAUAUGGUUGGUUUUGGGUUUGCCCAAACGGUGACAAAUGCCAAUACAGGCAUGCACUUCCUCCUGGAUAUGUUUUAAAAUCUCAAAUGAAGGCCCUGUUGGAUGCAGAAUCAGAAAAGAUAUCCAUUGAAGAAGAGAUAGAAAACCAGCGUGCCAAAACAACCAGCACAACUCCUAUGACUACCGAGUUAUUUAAUCAAUGGAGAAAUAAAAAGAUGGAGGAGAAAGAAGCUGGCUUGGCUGCACAGAAGGCUGAGAGGGCUAAAAAUGACCGUAUGAGUGGUCGUGAGCUGUUCCUCUCAGAUGCAAGCUUAUUUGUUGAUGAUGCCGAGGCAUACGAAAAAUACCAGAGAGAAGAACCAGAUGCUGAGCAAAAAGUUAAUAAAAAUCCUGCCAUGGAUGGGCCAAGCUCUUCCACAUCAGCUGUACGUGAUGCAGAAGGUAUUCAUGAAGACGAUGAUGAAGAUGAUGAUGACGAUCUUGACAUGGAUGAACUAAAUGCAUUGGAAGCUAGCCUAUCAAGAACAUCUUUACAAAUCAAAGAACCAAACGGAAAUGUGUAAUCAUGCGGUAGGCAGAUUAGCGUCUUGCCACAAUUUUUUUUUCCGACUUAUUUGAAAAUUAUCUCGAAAUUUGGGUGACUGCUGAAGUCAUUUUGUGAGAGGAAUGAGGAUUUAUUUAUGUCGGAUAAUAGUAGCAAACAAAUUUCUUUAAUUCGGACGGAGUUUUUGUACUAAUUUAUUUGGGUUUUUGUUUUUCCUUUUGGUACAUUCAGGCCAUGAAAGUUUUGUUUAUUCGGGU